UGUGCUUUCUCUCUCUUCGCACCUCUUUAAGUCGGCCCUUUUGCCCUUUUCCCUUCUACCUCCUACAACAUUUGCAGAACUGUGAGGAAAACCCUUGUCGAUCUCCAUGGCAAGACGAUCCAAAUCGAAGGAAUCAACGGAAGAGUCUUUGUCUAAUUCUUCCGAGGAGGAACAGGUCAAUGAUCAGGAAGAAGAAGAAGAUGAGGAGGAACUUGAAGCGGUUGCUCGGCCUGUUGAUUCCGACGAAGAUGAAACCGCCACCGCCGCGGUUGAGGCUACCGGUGAGGAACAGGACGAAGAGGAAGAAUACGAGGAUGGUAAUGAUGAGUCCAACAAUGAAAUUAGUCAUCGUGAAAAGGCCAGAUUAAAGGAAAUGCAAAGGUUGAAGAGACAAAAGAUACAAGAUAUACUGGAUCAGCAAAAUGCUUCUGUUGAGGCUGAUAUGAAUAACAAGGGAAAGGGGAGAUUGAAGUUUUUACUGCAGCAGACAGAACUGUUUGCUCAUUUUGCCAAAAGUGACCAAUCUGCUUCUCAGAAGAAGGUGAAGGGAAGUGGUCGUCAUGCAUCAAAGCUCACUGAAGAAGAAGAGGAUGAGGAGUAUCUCAAGGAAGAAGAAGAUGGUCUGUCAGGAGCAGGACAUACCCGAUUGUUGGUGCAGCCCUCUUGUAUUCAGGGAAAGAUGAGAGAUUAUCAACUUGCUGGCUUAAACUGGCUUAUAAGAUUAUAUGAGAAUGGUAUAAAUGGAAUCCUUGCAGACGAGAUGGGACUUGGUAAGACCUUACAAACCAUCUCCUUGCUUGGUUAUUUGCAUGAGUUUAGAGGAAUAACUGGUCCUCACAUGGUUGUUGCUCCAAAGUCUACUCUUGGCAACUGGAUGAAUGAGAUAAAACGCUUUUGCCCAAUUUUGCGUGCUGUAAAAUUUCUUGGGAAUCCAGAUGAUAGGAAAUAUAUACGGGAAGAGCUACUUGUUGCUGGAAAGUUUGAUGUGUGUGUCACCAGUUUUGAAAUGGCCAUCAAAGAGAAGGCUACCCUACGCCGCUUUAGCUGGCGUUAUAUCAUAAUUGAUGAAGCUCAUCGAAUUAAGAAUGAAAAUUCACUCCUUUCAAAGACCAUGAGGAUAUACAAUACCAACUAUCGUCUUCUUAUCACAGGCACACCACUUCAGAACAACCUUCAUGAGCUCUGGGCACUGCUGAACUUUUUGCUACCUGAGAUUUUUAGCUCUGCUGAAACCUUUGAUGAGUGGUUUCAAAUUUCUGGUGAAAAUGAUCAGGAGGAGGUUGUUCAACAGCUUCACAAGGUUCUAAGGCCCUUCUUACUUCGAAGAUUGAAGUCAGAUGUGGAGAAAGGUUUACCUCCUAAGAAAGAAACCAUUCUCAAGGUUGGAAUGUCUCAAAUGCAGAAGCAAUAUUAUAAGGCUUUACUGCAGAAAGAUCUUGAGGUAGUAAAUGCUGGAGGUGAGCGAAAGCGCCUGUUGAAUAUUGCUAUGCAGCUCCGCAAAUGCUGCAAUCAUCCAUAUCUUUUUCAAGGAGCUGAACCUGGUCCUCCUUAUACUACUGGGGAUCAUCUUGUAACAAAUGCAGGCAAAAUGGUACUUCUAGACAAGUUGCUCCCAAAAUUGAAGGAGCGUGAUUCAAGGGUCUUAAUAUUCUCACAGAUGACAAGACUGCUGGACAUUCUUGAAGAUUACUUAAUGUAUCGUGGAUAUUUGUAUUGCCGUAUUGAUGGAAAUACUGGUGGUGAAGAUCGUGAUGCUUCAAUUGAUGCCUUCAAUAAGCCAGGAAGUGAAAAGUUUGUGUUUUUGUUAUCAACUAGAGCUGGAGGCCUUGGUAUCAAUCUUGCUACUGCAGAUAUCGUUAUUCUUUAUGAUAGUGACUGGAAUCCACAAGUGGAUUUGCAAGCUCAGGAUCGUGCUCAUAGGAUUGGGCAGAAGAAAGAGGUUCAAGUGUUCCGGUUCUGCACUGAGUACACUAUAGAGGAGAAGGUCAUUGAAAGGGCUUAUAAAAAGCUUGCACUUGAUGCUUUAGUUAUUCAACAAGGACGCCUAGCGGAGCAAAAAACGGUAAACAAAGAUGAGCUGCUACAGAUGGUGAGAUUUGGUGCUGAAAUGGUGUUCAGUUCAAAGGAUAGUACAAUCACGGACGAAGAUAUCGAUAGAAUCAUUGCUAAAGGAGAGGAGGCAACUGCUGAGCUUGAUGCCAAGAUGAAAAAAUUUACAGAAGAUGCAAUAAAGUUCAAAAUGGAUGACACUGCUGAUUUGUAUGAUUUUGAUGACGAUAAGGACGAGAACAAGUUUGAUUUUAAGAAGAUCGUCAGUGAUAACUGGGUCGAGCCUCCAAAAAGAGAGCGGAAGCGCAACUACUCGGAAUCAGAAUACUUCAAGCAAACAAUGCGUCAAAGUGGUCCAGCAAGGCCAAAGGAACCCAGGAUUCCUCGCAUGCCACAAUUGCAUGACUUCCAGUUCUUCAACACACAAAGGCUUAGUGAGCUGUAUGAGAAAGAAGUGCGCUAUCUCAUGGUGCAGGCACAACAGAAGAAUCAAGUGAAAGACUCGAUAGAAGUUGAUGAACCAGAAGAGGUGGGAGACCCUUUGACUGCUGAAGAGCAAGAAGAAAAAGAGAAACUACUGGAAGAAGGAUUCUCCACGUGGAGUAGGAGAGACUUCAAUACAUUCAUAAGGGCCUGUGAGAAGUAUGGCCGGAGUGAUGUGGGUAGUAUUGUUUCUGAAAUGGAAGGAAAAUCGGAGGAGGAAGUUGAAAGAUAUGCCCGAGUCUUUAAAGAAAGAUACAAGGAAUUGAAUGAUUAUGAUCGAAUCAUCAAAAACAUUGAGAGAGGGGAGGCUAGAAUUUCUCGUAAAGAUGAAAUAAUGAAAGCAAUAGGAAAGAAAUUAGACCGUUACAAGAAUCCUUGGCUGGAGCUUAAAAUUCAGUAUGGUCAGAACAAAGGCAAGCUCUACAAUGAAGAAUGUGAUCGAUUCAUGAUUUGCAUGGUUCACAAACUUGGUUAUGGGAACUGGGAUGAACUGAAGGCAGCAUUUCGGACAUCACCUUUGUUCAGAUUUGACUGGUUUGUCAAGUCUCGAACUACUCAGGAACUUGCAAGGAGAUGUGAUACACUCAUUCGUUUGGUGGAGAGGGAAAAUCAAGAAUAUGACGAGAGGGAGAGACAGGCUCGUAAAGAGAAGAAACUUGCUAAGAACAUGACACCAUCGAAGCGGGCCAUGGCACGUCAAGCAACAGAGAGCCCACCUUCUACUAUAAAGAAGCGGAAGCAAUCGUCAAUGGAUGACUAUGUUAACUCGGGAAAGAAAGGCAAAUGAUGAGAGGAGCUUGGAUGCAGCAUCUGAUUAAUAGUAGUAGUGGUCAUAGAUGAGUAGUUAGUAAGUAGUAUAUAUAUGAAUUUGGCAUUGCCAGAAUAGGCAGGAGGGAACAUGGGUGUAUACAAUGUUAAUUUGGUGCUACUCUGAUCGGAUCUCAAAUACUGUUAACUGGUGCUUACCAAUUUCGGUUUUUUAUAUUUUGUAUUCAGCUGCAGUUGAAGAACAGGGCAUGUUUUGCUUGUUUAAAUACCAUGGAACUUAUAAAAGCUCU